AUGAAGGCAAAGAAGCAGAAGAGAGAUGUAUGGUCACUUACCAAGCCUAUACAACCAAUCUACAAAUCUUUCAUCAAAGCCCGCGCAACAGAAUCUUAUCAAUCAUCUUUUCCAGAGCCAGUGAUGAAAGUAAGCGAAGAAAUGAUCAACUAUUUUCAAGAUUUAUUCGUCGAGGUUGAUAUGGUGGAACUCGGAGAAGGCACUAGCGACAGAGAUGUGCAAUUCAUUGGUCCUGAUGUCAAGCUAAACAAUUGGGAGGCCACCCCUCUCCCUAUUAAAGACGAGUCUUGUACUUUCUAUGCCGAUUCUAGUGAUAUGACAUGCGUGCAGAAUUUUUCUCCAGAUCUUAAUAUCCAAUCUAAUCUUCGACCUAAUAUUGAAAUAAUAAGUCAAGAAAUCGAAUAUGAUGAAGACAGAGUAUUUGAAGAAGCCCUGCUUGAUUACAAAGAUGUUUUUGCGUCAUCUUAUGAUGACAUGCCUGGAUUAAGCACUGACAUGGUUGUUCACAAGUUGCCAAUUGAUCCUAAUUUUCCUCCGAUAAAGCAGAAGUUGAGAAAACUCAAAACCGACAUGAGUGUAAUAAUUAAAGAGGAGAUCACAAAACAACUUGAGGCCAAAGUCAUUCAAGUCGCUCAAUAUCCUUCUUGGUUAGCCAAUAUCGUACCCGUCCCUAAGAAAGACGGCAAAGUUCGAAUGUGUGUUGAUUAUCGUGAUUUGAAUAAGGCAAGUCCAAAAGAUGAUUUUCCUUUGCCUAACAUCCAUAUUUUAUUGGAUAAUUGUGCUAAACAUGAGGUUGCAUCUUUUGUGGAUUGUUAUGCGGGCUACCAUCAGAUUAUUAUGGAUGAUGAAGAUGCAGAAAAAACAUCUUUUAUCACUCCAUGGGGUACAUAUUGUUAUCGUGUUAUGCCUUUUGGAUUAAAAAAUGCAGGGGCAACUUAUAUGAGAGCAAUGACAACCAUGUUUCACGAUAUGAUGCAUAGAGAAAUCGAAGUUUAUGUGGAUGAUGUUAUCAUUAAAUCUAAAAAACAGUCAAAUCAUGUGAAAGACUUAAGGAGAUUCUUCGAAAGGCUCCGCAGGUAUAAUCUCAAGCUUAAUCCUGCAAAAUGUGUAUUUGGAGUACCAUCGGGGAAGCUUUUGGGGUUUAUAGUCAGUCGAAGAGGUAUCGAGUUGGAUCCUUCAAAAAUAAAAGCAAUUCAAGAAUUGCCACCUCCAAAGAACAAAACUGAGGUUAUGAGCCUUCUAGGAAGGUUAAACUACAUCAGCAGAUUCAUUGCUCAACUCACAACAACUUGUGAGCCUAUCUUUAAGUUGUUGAAAAAGAAUGCCACAGUCGAGUGGACCGAAGAAUGUCAAGAAGCUUUUGAAAGAAUUAAGAAUUACCUAUCGAAUCCCCCUGUGUUGGUUCCUCCCGAGCCGGGAAGACCUUUGAUAUUGUAUAUGUCAGUACUGGAUAAUUCUUUUGGUUGUGUACUGGGUCAGCAUGAUGACACUGGGAAGAAAGAGCGGGCCAUUUAUUACCUCAGCAAGAAGUUUACCGUUUACGAAGCGAAGUACACCCUUCUUGAAAGAACGUGUUGUGCCCUAACUUGGGUAGCACAGAAGUUGAAACAUUAUCUUUCAUCUUACACUACUUAUCUCAUCUCUCGUAUGGAUCCGUUGAAAUAUAUUUUUCAAAAGCCCAUGCCCACAGGCAGGCUUGCGAAAUGGCAAAUAUUGCUCACAGAGUUUGACAUUAUCUAUAUAACGCGGACCGCAAUGAAAGCUCAAGCAUUGGCAGAUCAUUUGGCAGAGAACCCUAUUGAUGAAGAAUAUGAACCACUUAAAACCUAUUUUCCAGAUGAAGAGAUAUCUUGUAUCGAUGAAGUUAUUCACGAUAACAAUCAAGGUUGGAAGUUAUUCUUUGAUGGUGCCUCUAACAGGAAAGGAGUUGGAAUAGGAGCUGUUCUUAUGUCUGAAUCAGGGGAAUAUUACCCUAUAUCAGCCCAACUUAGAUUCUAUUGUACUAAUAAUAUGUCUGAGUAUGAAGCGUGCAUUUUGGGUCUGAGGUUAGCUGUUGACAUGGGCAUCCAAGAAUUGUUAGUGUUAGGAGACUCAGACUUACUAGUUCAUCAAAUUCAAGGAGAAUGGGAAACUCGAGACCCAAAGCUCAUACCAUAUCAACAUUGUUUACAAGGUCUUUGUCAACAAUUCGUGUCGAUAAAGUUUAGACACAUUCCCAGAGUGCACAAUGAGAUUGCAGAUGCAUUGUCCACUUUAUCUUCGAUGCUCCAACACCCUGAUGACGCUCAUAUUGACCCUUUAUACAUACAAAUUCGUGAUCAACAUGCUUAUUGCAACAUGAUUGAGGAGGAAUUUGAUGGUAAGCCUUGGUUUCAUGAUAUCAAGACAUAUCUUCAGUCUGGAGAAUGUCCGUCAGAUGUAACUAGUAAUCAAAAAAGGACUAUUCGACGACUAGCAAGGGGUUUUUUCUUAAGCGGAGGCAUACUGUACAAGAAGACACCCGAUUUAGGUUUUCUAAGGUGUGUAAAUGCACAAGAGGCUUCCACGAUCAUGAUUGAAGUACACGCAGGAGUUUGUGGACCUCAUAUGAAUGGAUAUGUUCUAGUCAAGAAAAUACUUCGAGCAGGAUAUUAUUGGCUCACCAUGGAGCGGGAUUCCAUACGAUUUGUUCGUAAAUGUCAUGAAUGUCAAAUACAUGGUGAUUUGAUACAUUCUCCCCCUUCUGAGUUGCAUGCAAUUUCUGCUCCAUGGCCUUUCGUGGCAUGGGGAAUGGAUGUGAUUGGACCGAUAGAACCAAAAGCAUCGAAUGGUCACAGGUUCAUCUUGGUGGCCAUUGAUUAUUUUACAAAGUGGGUGGAAGCAGUAACUUUCAAGUCAGUGACCAAGAAGGUCGUGGUGGAUUUCAUCCAUUUCAACAUCAUCUGUCGGUUUGGUAUUCCAAAGGUGAUUAUAACUGACAACGCCGCAAAUCUCAUCAGCCACUUAAUGCAAGAGAUACUUCGUAAGAUGGUGCAAAGUUCUCGACAAUGGCAUGAAAAGUUGCCUUUUGCUUUGUUGGGUUAUCGCACUACAGUCCGUACGUCGGUGGGCGCUACCCCAUAUUCACUGGUAUACGGGACUGAGGCAGUUAUACCUACAGAGAUUGAGAUCCCAUCUUUACGAAUUGUUGUGGAGGAUGAAAUUGAUGAUGAUGAAUGGAUCAAAACUCGGUUAGAGCAAUUAAGUUUGAUUGAUGAGAAGCGUCUCACAUCAGUAUGUCAUGGACAAUUAUAUCAGAAAAGAAUGGCACGGGCAUAUAACAAAAAGGUGCGUCCCAGACAUUUUGAAGAGGGUCAAUUAGUGUUGAGACGCAUUUUGCCACAUCAUGCCGAAACCAAAGGCAAAUUUUCUCCAAAUUGGAGAGGGCCAUUCGUUUUUAAAAGGGUAUUACCCUAUGGUGCUCUUUACUUAGCAGAUAUAGAAGGCAAAGUGACAGAAACGGUCGUCAAUGCUGAUGCUAUGAAAAGAUAUUACAUAUGA